GCAUAAAAUAACCACUGCUGGGGCAGCACCUUGGUGUGUGUGUGGGCUGGAACUUUUUUAAAGUUUUGGGAAGCAAAAGAGCACAGCUUCUAGCACUGAAAACAACACUCCACUCAUUUGUGGAGAGAAACACAGCUAGCUACCUCACCUACCUGAAGUCAUCUGAGAGGAGAGAGAGAGAGAGAGAGAGCGAGAGAGAGAGAGAGAGAGAGAGACGACACCUCCCAUCCUGGUCGGAACCCAGUCCAUAGCUCUGCUCUGGACCAUGGUCCGUCAUACCACCUGUAUCAUGAGCAUCCCAUCCACUGCCAGCAUUGAGAGCCAGCUGCCCACAACAUGGAGCUCCUACCCCUGCUCAGACAUUUCCACAGUGAUGCCUGGUUACACCAGUCGCCUGUGGUCCCAGGACUCCCAGCCUCAGUAUUGGUCGAAGUAUCAGGUGUGGGAGUGGCUGCAGCAGAUGCUGGAUAUGCACCAGAUCGACGCUGCCACCAUCCCCUUCCAGAACUUUGAUGUGGACGGACGUCAGCUGUGCAGCAUGACCUACCAGGACUUCACCCGUGCUGCGGGCACCGUGGGGCCCAUCCUCUUCCACAGCCUCACCGAGCUCAAAUGGAGCGGUCAGUAUCCUGGUGUGGAGUUUAACCCACUGGACGUUAUCAAAUCAGAGCCAGAUGUAGAUUUCCCUUGCCCAUUCACAGAACCUAGCAUCUAUCCUGCAGAUAUUUACGAUCCCUCGUUUCAAUCGCUUGCACCUGUGGCCUCACCCACUCCCUCCAGUCCAGACACAAAUAGAUCUCACAGUCGCCCUCAUCAGGUCAAAAAACACAACCCCCGGGGGACCCACCUUUGGGAGUUCAUUAGGGACAUUCUGCUGAACCCGGAGCGGAACCCAGGCCUGAUCAAGUGGGAGGAUCGGACAGAGGGCGUGUUCCGCUUCCUCAAGUCAGAGGCCGUGGCACAGCUGUGGGGCAAGAAGAAGAACAAUAGCAGCAUGACCUACGAGAAGCUCAGCCGAGCUAUGAGAUAUUACUACAAACGGGAAAUCCUGGAACGUGUAGAUGGACGAAGGCUGGUCUACAAGUUUGGAAGGAAUGCACGAGGAUGGAGAGAGUCAGAGAAGUGAAAGAGGACACCUCUCCACCAUUUUGUGCCCUUUUUUAACCACCAUUCGAAGAUGUCUAUUUAUGUUAUUUUGUUGGAUUUUAAUGUGUCACUGUGAUGUUUUACUAUAUAUGUUGUUUAUUUUACAAAGAGGAGCAGAAAGCCUCAUUGCAACUCUUGACAUUUUUGGGAGUUUCUGUAUGAUAUAUUUACAUAUGGUUAAGAAAGACCAUAAUUUACAUUUGACUGCUUACAUUUUCCUGUUCAGAGAGUGGUGACUAUUUGCACUGAAAGCUAUUUUUGAUUGAACAGCAAAAAGCAAUGACAUAUGGGGCAGCAGGUAGCCUAGUGGUUAGAGCUUUGGGCCAGUAACCGAAAGGUUGCUAGAUUGAAUCCCUGAGCUGACAAGGUACAAAUCUGUCGUUCUGCCCCUGAACAAGGCAGUCAAUACACUAUUCCUUAGCCAUCAUUGUAAAUAAGAAUUUGUUCUUAACUGACUUGCCUAGUUAAUUCAAAAGUUUUAAAAACUAUAGAUGCGUUAUUUUAAAUAUUUCCAGCUUGUUGUACACAUUUAAACUGUGUAAUGUUCUUUCCGAAGUAUGUUUGAUUGAUGUGUUAUGCAAGACAUCUCCUUUAGUAAAUAUGAAACUCUUGUCUUCUUUGCAUUCAUCCUCUUCAAAUUUGUUUUAGUUAUGAAUAUGUAACAGAUCUCACAAUAGAACCACAACUUCCCUAUUCAUGUACAGGAUAAACAGAGAACUGUUUGGCCCAAACACAAUGGCAGCUCAGGAUAGUAUGAUAGAGCACAUUCAGAUGCAACAAUGGGACAUGCGGAAAUUAGAGGAUGUUCUGUGUGUGUUCUUCAAGAUCUGAUGCUGAGAAAUGUCUUCUCAUUUUGCAAUGUCAACUCAUCUUCACCCAUUUACUACGCUAUGCUGUAAAAAGAAAUGUGUAAAUACUAUAUUUGUAUUUUAAAUAAUAAAGGACUUGUGUUUUUGAAACAACA